AUGGCGUCACCACCUUUACACGACGACUCUCAAUUCCACCACAUCCGCUCAGGCGUCACAGCCAUCAUCGAGCGGCAUGGGAAAGUUAUCAUCGGAAAGCGCAAAGCCAGUCACGGUAUAGGCACAAUGCACAUGCCUGGAGGCCACCAAGACAUGUGGGAGGCUCCCGAGGCGUGCGCGGAACGAGAGACGUUCGAGGAGACCGGUCUUAUUGUGAAAGCCAUCGCGCACGGGCCGACCACUGAUGAUCAAUUUUUGAAGGAAAGGAAGCAUUAUAAGUCGCUUCAUAUAUGGUGCAAGAUGGUUGAUGAGACUGCUGAGCCAGAGGCAAUGGAGAAGGACAAGUGUGACGCUUGGGCGUGGAAGUCGGCGGAGGAGCUGGAGGAGUAUUAUGACCAAGGCAAGGCGUUUGAGCCAUUGAGAAAUCUGGUCAGGAAGGUUCCUCAGAAUGAUGUUCUUGAGGAGCUCAGGAAGCGUGCGAAUGCUCAUAAGGAAGCCGUUGAGCUAGCUGAGAAGGCUAAGCUCGCUGAGCAGGCUAAGGUUGACAAGCAGACCAAGGUUGACGAGCAGACCAAGGUCGAUGAGCAGGCUACAGACGUAGAAGUAGACCAUACGCACCAGAGCGUCUAG